AUGGACUCCAAGCACAGAAAACACAUCAUUUAUAUUAUCCUGAGUAUCAUUGCGAUGAUUGAGUGUGUCAUCACACUCCUCAUCAACGUGACGGACAGGACUUUGAAGGCUAAGCCUUCAACAGCCUUCGCCAACAGCUUAACAGCAAGUAUUUGGCUGCUGUCGGCAAUAUCCUUAGUUUCUAAUCUUGGCGUUCGAUCGUUACCUGGCCAUCUGUCAACCACUUCAUUACAGCAGGCUCCUAACGAGGGCUCGCUGCCACCUGCUGUGCCUCGCCUGUUGGGUGGCUCCCUGUCUCUUCUUAAUACUGCCCUGCGGUUCAGAAUUACCUACCUUGUGCUCGAAGGGCCGCUCCAUCAGCUUGACCUUCCUGGUGGCUUACACCGUCAUCUACACGCUCGUCACUCUUGCUACUAUAGUGCUGUACAGCCUCGUUGCUCUGGAGUUCCGCCGGGAGAGUCUUGGACACGCACAGGACAAGGAGAGGACAGAACGCCUCCUGAGGAAGAGAACAGCUGCAUCAGCUUUAAAGUGUUGAUGCUGUACAUCUGCCUGGGUCUCCCACAUACCGUCUAUCCGCUCCUGAUGAAGCUAAUAAAAGAAGAAGAUAAAAAAGUCGAAGAUCUUCUAAACGAAAUUUUCUACUACAUUAACCGCAUUCAGCUGCUGUUCUUCCUGCCCGUGUACGCUUGGGCCAACACCUCCUUCCACCACGCUCUCAACGCCAGGGCCAGGAGACUGAUCAUGUGGCUGGCAGCCCUGCUCGCCGAUCUCUGCUGCGACAGGAGACGUAACCGUAUUCAGUCAGAGGAAUCAACCCAGACGGAGUCCAUGUGAAGGGGCGGAGCUGGAGGAGCCAGCGCUCUCUCUCACUCACCGAGGUGUACUCAUACACAACACCCUGUCAGUGUAGGAGAGACAUAAAUGUAUGUGUGUAUAGCAGGCAUCUGGCAGUCUGGGGAGACUAUGGAGUUGCGCUCCAUGUAUGUAUGUAUGUGUAUACAGGAUAUGUGGAAGCUGGACAGAAUUACAUUGCAACUUUGUAAAUGCACAUUGAUGACACUAUGUAAAAAGAUACAGCGAGCACUGUUUAUGUAGGGGAGACGUAAAUAUGUGUAUGUAUGUAUGUAUUUAUGUAUGUAGGGUAAAUAAACAUUAUAAAAGGACUACAAUCAUCUUCUGUGGUUGAUUGAUCAAUAAAUCACUGAACUAAAUGUUUAACAGCUCUCUAACCCUGUCCAUGGAGGACAGAAGAAAAUGUAUAUAUGCUGGUAUGCAUCAGAAAACUCUUUACCCCCUGAAGGAUUCGAACCCCGGACAGCUAGGGCUCCAUGCCCCUUAGCGUGUCCAGUACCACUAGGCCACCCUGACUGUACAAAAGAGUUAGAAGUCAUCUGACCCUUAACCCAAUUCCCGACAGCUCUCUGUGACCAAUUUGGGCACAAAUAUUUCAUCAAAUCACUUCAUCAUACUGGGACCAGGUAUCAUUUGUCAACCCAGAGUUGACAAAUGCAUGUCAAAUGCAGGGGUGAAGCGUUUCCUGAUGCAUGUUAGCUUGGAGACCAUUCAAGCUUGACGCAGAAAUGAUUCUCACGUGGCUCCAGCAUGAUGAAGUGAUUUGAUGAAAUAUCUGUGCCCAAAUUGGUCACAGAGAGCUGUCGGAGAAAAGAUUAUUCUAAUUCUGUUCUGUUUUUAUUCUAACAUAAGAGUAAAGAAUAAGGCAUAAAGGAGAAAAUAGUAAAAUAAGGAUAAAUAGAUUAUCCUACUUAUCCUCAUUCAACUCUUUUCUCCUUUAUGCAUUACUCUUUACCCUUAUGUUUACCCAAUUAAUACUCAUUGUUUACACCUGACCCCAUUGUUCGAUCCAUUUGUAUUCACCUGACAAACUAUUAGUAUAAAUAUAAUGUCCGGUACUGUAACAUCACUUGAGAAUGAACCAUGUAGGUUCGAAACGUUGUGCAAUU